AUGUCUUCUGUUUUUGUGAAAAGCUUUGAAGACGACGAUCGUUUACUGAUAUCCUUAGAUUUGAAAAUACAAAAAGAAAGUGGCGCCAGCUCCAUUAAGACGUUCAAUUUAAAUAGAUUAAAACACGAAGAAUUAGGGUUAGCCGUAGAAAGACUACGUCUGAAUUUGAGUAAAAAGGUAAACAAGAAAUCUAAGCAAAAGAAGACAGCAAAAGCAACAAAUGACAGUGAAGCAAGCAUAGAAUCUCAAUCCGACCUAGUUCCGAUUGAGGUCAUUCACAAUGGUCAGGUUUUAGAUUUGUCCAUAUCAAACAAGGAGGCGUGGGUUGAUGGUGCAGUACUGAAAGUUUGGGAGGAGGAGAUAGCAGUUUGCUACAAUCCUCCAAGCGUAAAGUUAGAGAAAUUACCAAAUACGAUAAUGGUGGGGUUUCCUCUUUUCCCUGAAGUGGAAUAUGAAUUCACAAAUGUGAAGAAUUGUGAGUUUUAUUGGAAACUUUUUGAUGAAAAACAUUUACAUAAAGUAAUGUUAGAUAUAAAACAAGGAAAUAUUGAUUUAACUGAUGCAGUUAUAGCACAUUCGUUCACUCCACAACAUAAAGAUAUUGGAAGACACGUACUUAUGGCAUGCUUGCCAAAAAAUAAUGAUAAAGUGGGAAGGUUAGAGGUUAUUCUGUCAACAAAUGCAAUCACUGCAGGCCCUGGUCUCUGUCCAUUUGAAAAGCGGAGUGAGUUUACAAAACAAUCUUCAAAAGAGGGAGAAUUCAGGGUUUUGACCUACAACCUUUUAGCCCAAGUGUAUGCAGAUACUGAUUUAGCCAGACAGGAACUUUUCAGCUAUUGUCCUAAACAUGCUUUGGAAAUGGAUUAUAGGAAACAUCUGUUGCUGAAGGAAAUCAUAGGCUAUCAGGCAGAUCUGCUGUGUCUACAGGAGGUGGACAAGUCCAUCUUUGGCUCACAGCUGAUGCCAGCCAUGCAGGCUUUAGGUUACACGGGCCUGUUUCGGGCUAAAGAUGGCGGGACCUCAGAAGGAUGUGCCACCUUUAUUUCUGAAAGGAAGUUUAGGGUCGUCAAGCAACUGGAUGUAUCACUGUCCCCCUUUCUGGCCACAGACCCACUCUGUGCCGAUAUUUGGUCAGAAGUUUGUAAAAGUCAGACUCUUAAAGAGAAGAUUGAACAGAGAUCCACAAUCCUACAGGUUACAGUGGCUGAGAGCGCAGAAAAGUCUGGCAGUUAUGUGUGCAUAGCAAAUACACACCUGUACUUUCACCCACAAGCUUGCAACAUUCGCCUGGUACAUGCGGCCGGAGCUCUGAGGUAUCUGCAGAACAUCUGUGAUACAUAUACACUGGAGCGGCCCUCACCUGGGUAUUACCAGCUGCUGACGGCUCAGUAUAUCCCAUCUGACCAUGCUGACUGGAACUCAGGUGGAAGUGAAGAACUCAUCUCAGGUCUAGAACUUCACCAGCCAAUGAACAUUGAGAGUGCCUGUGGGACUCCACCUUACACAAAUUUCACAAGAGGGUUUCAGGAGACACUCGACUACAUCUUCAUCGACAGUGACAAGCUGCAAGUAACACAGAUUGUUCCAAUGCCCAGUCAUGAGGAUGUCACUGCAAAUAUUGCUCUUCCAAGUAUUGUCUUCCCAUCUGAUCACCUGGCCUUGAUCUGUGACUUGAAAUUUAAAUCUUGA